AGUGAGCGCGGCGCUCUCGCGCGCCCGGUGUCUCCCUCUCGCUGCCUCUGCAGAAACAGCUCCUGCCAGAGCAGCGCUCGGCGCGGCGCGGCGGGCCCGGAGCGGCGGCGGCGGCUCUUCCUGCCUCCGCGCCCAGGAGUUGCCGGCUCCCUUUGACAGCAGAGAGCCGGGCAGGGGCCUCAGGAGGACUCGCUGGGAGUGGGCAGAGGCGCCUCGACCCCUGCCGGCCCAGGCGGGCCCCGCGCGCCCCCCGCCCCUCCUUUCCGCCUCUUCUCGCCCUGCCUCUCCCGAUUUAUUUUUUCAAAUGGUGUAGCCGCCAGAGGUGCGGUGCUCAAUUCUUGGAAGGGGCCCGGAUGUACUGAGGAUGCAUUACAGUUUCACUCGAGGAGGCAGUAGUGGAAAGGAGCAGUUUUUGGGGUUUGAUGCCAUAAUGGGAAUCAGGUAAUCGUCGGCAGGGAAGAAGAAACGCUGCAGACCACGGCUUCCUCGAAUCUUGCACGAAAGCCGCCGGCCUCGGAGGAGGGAUUAAUCCAGACCCGCUGGGGGGUGUUUUCACAUUGCUUCCUCUUCGUGGCUGCUCCUCCUUUUAAAACCAUUUUUGGUCCAUGGUCAAUGAGAAUACGAGGAUGUACAUUCCAGAGGAAAACCACCAAGGUUCCAACUAUGGGAGCGCACGCCCCGCCCAUGCCAACAUGAAUGCCAAUGCGGCAGCGGGGCUGGCCCCUGAACACAUCCCCACCCCGGGGGCCGCCCUGUCCUGGCAGGCGGCCAUCGACGCAGCCCGGCAGGCUAAGCUGAUGGGCAGCGCUGGCAAUGCGACCAUCUCCACAGUCAGCUCCACGCAGCGGAAGCGGCAGCAAUAUGGGAAACCCAAGAAGCAGGGCAGCACCACGGCCACACGCCCGCCCCGAGCCCUGCUCUGCCUGACCCUGAAGAACCCCAUCCGGAGGGCCUGCAUCAGCAUUGUCGAAUGGAAACCAUUUGAAAUAAUUAUUUUACUGACUAUUUUUGCCAAUUGUGUGGCCUUAGCGAUCUAUAUUCCCUUUCCAGAAGAUGAUUCCAACGCCACCAAUUCCAACCUGGAACGAGUGGAAUAUCUCUUUCUCAUAAUUUUUACGGUGGAAGCGUUUUUAAAAGUCAUCGCCUAUGGACUCCUCUUUCACCCCAAUGCCUACCUCCGCAACGGCUGGAACCUACUAGAUUUUAUAAUUGUGGUUGUGGGGCUUUUUAGUGCAAUUUUAGAACAAGCAACCAAAGCAGACGGGGCAAACGCUCUCGGAGGGAAAGGGGCCGGAUUUGAUGUGAAGGCGCUGAGGGCCUUCCGCGUGCUGCGCCCCCUGCGGCUGGUGUCCGGAGUCCCAAGUCUCCAGGUGGUCCUGAAUUCCAUCAUCAAGGCCAUGGUCCCCCUGCUGCACAUCGCCCUGCUUGUGCUGUUUGUCAUCAUCAUCUACGCCAUCAUCGGCCUGGAGCUCUUCAUGGGGAAGAUGCACAAGACCUGCUACAACCAGGAGGGCAUAGCAGAUGUUCCAGCAGAAGAUGACCCUUCCCCUUGUGCACUGGAAACAGGCCACGGGCGGCAGUGCCAGAACGGCACGGUGUGCAAGCCCGGCUGGGAUGGGCCCAAGCACGGCAUCACCAACUUUGACAACUUUGCCUUCGCCAUGCUCACGGUGUUCCAGUGCAUCACCAUGGAGGGCUGGACGGACGUGCUGUACUGGGUCAAUGAUGCCGUAGGAAGGGACUGGCCCUGGAUCUAUUUUGUUACACUAAUCAUCAUAGGGUCAUUUUUUGUACUUAACUUGGUUCUCGGUGUGCUUAGCGGAGAGUUUUCCAAAGAGAGGGAGAAGGCCAAGGCCCGGGGAGAUUUCCAGAAGCUGCGGGAGAAGCAGCAGCUAGAAGAGGAUCUCAAAGGCUACCUGGACUGGAUCACUCAGGCCGAAGACAUCGAUCCUGAGAACGAGGACGAGGGCAUGGAUGAGGAGAAGCCCCGAAACAUGAGCAUGCCCACCAGUGAGACCGAGUCCGUCAACACCGAAAACGUGGCUGGAGGUGACAUCGAGGGAGAAAACUGCGGGGCCAGGCUGGCCCACCGGAUCUCCAAGUCAAAGUUCAGCCGCUACUGGCGCCGGUGGAAUCGGUUCUGCAGAAGAAAGUGCCGCGCCGCAGUCAAGUCUAAUGUCUUCUACUGGCUGGUGAUUUUCCUGGUGUUCCUCAACACGCUCACCAUUGCCUCUGAGCACUACAACCAGCCCCACUGGCUCACCGAAGUCCAAGACACGGCGAACAAGGCCCUGCUGGCCCUGUUCACAGCGGAGAUGCUCCUGAAGAUGUACAGCCUGGGCCUGCAGGCCUAUUUCGUGUCCCUCUUCAACCGCUUUGACUGCUUCGUCGUGUGUGGCGGCAUCCUGGAGACCAUCCUGGUGGAGACCAAGAUCAUGUCCCCACUGGGCAUCUCCGUGCUCAGAUGUGUCCGGCUGCUGAGGAUAUUCAAGAUCACGAGGUACUGGAACUCCUUGAGCAACCUGGUGGCAUCCUUGCUGAACUCUGUGCGCUCCAUCGCCUCCCUGCUCCUUCUCCUCUUCCUCUUCAUCAUCAUCUUCUCCCUCCUGGGGAUGCAGCUCUUUGGAGGAAAGUUCAACUUUGAUGAGAUGCAGACCCGGAGGAGCACAUUUGAUAACUUCCCCCAGUCCCUCCUCACUGUGUUUCAGAUCCUGACCGGGGAGGACUGGAAUUCGGUGAUGUAUGAUGGGAUCAUGGCUUAUGGCGGCCCCUCUUUUCCAGGGAUGUUAGUCUGUAUUUACUUCAUCAUCCUCUUCAUCUGUGGAAACUAUAUCCUACUGAAUGUGUUCUUGGCCAUUGCUGUGGACAACCUGGCUGAUGCUGAGAGCCUCACAUCUGCCCAAAAGGAGGAGGAAGAGGAGAAGGAGAGAAAGAAGCUGGCCAGGACUGCCAGCCCAGAGAAGAAACAAGAGUUGAUGGAGAAGCCGGCAGUGGAGGAAUCCAAGGAGGAGAAGAUUGAGCUGAAAUCCAUCACGGCUGACGGAGAGUCUCCACCCACCACCAAGAUCAACAUGGAUGACCUCCAGCCCAAUGAAAAUGAGGAUAAGAGCCCCUACCCCAACCCAGAAACUACAGGAGAAGAGGAUGAGGAGGAGCCAGAGAUGCCUGUCGGCCCUCGCCCACGACCACUCUCUGAGCUUCACCUUAAGGAAAAAGCAGUGCCCAUGCCAGAAGCCAGCGCAUUUUUCAUCUUCAGCUCUAACAACAGGUUUCGCCUCCAGUGCCACCGCAUUGUCAAUGACACGAUCUUCACCAACCUGAUCCUCUUCUUCAUUCUGCUCAGCAGCAUUUCCCUGGCUGCUGAGGACCCGGUCCAGCACACCUCCUUCAGGAACCAUAUUCUGUUUUAUUUUGAUAUUGUUUUUACCACCAUUUUCACCAUUGAAAUUGCUCUGAAGAUCCUAGGCAAUGCAGACUAUGUCUUCACUAGUAUCUUUACAUUAGAAAUUAUCCUUAAGAUGACUGCUUAUGGGGCUUUCCUGCACAAGGGCUCUUUCUGCCGUAACUACUUCAACAUCCUGGACCUGCUGGUGGUCAGCGUGUCCCUCAUCUCCUUUGGCAUCCAGUCCAGUGCAAUCAAUGUCGUGAAGAUCUUGCGAGUCCUGCGAGUACUCAGGCCCCUGAGGGCCAUCAACAGGGCCAAGGGGCUAAAGCAUGUGGUUCAGUGUGUGUUUGUCGCCAUCCGGACCAUCGGGAACAUCGUGAUUGUCACCACCCUGCUGCAGUUCAUGUUUGCCUGCAUUGGGGUCCAGCUCUUCAAGGGAAAGCUGUACACCUGUUCAGACAGUUCCAAGCAGACAGAGGCGGAAUGCAAGGGCAACUACAUCACGUACAAAGACGGGGAGGUUGACCACCCCAUCAUCCAACCCCGCAGCUGGGAGAACAGCAAGUUUGACUUUGACAAUGUUCUGGCAGCCAUGAUGGCUCUCUUCACUGUCUCCACCUUCGAAGGGUGGCCAGAGCUGCUGUACCGCUCCAUCGACUCCCACACGGAAGACAAGGGCCCCAUCUACAACUACCGCGUGGAGAUCUCCAUCUUCUUCAUCAUCUACAUCAUCAUCAUCGCCUUCUUCAUGAUGAACAUCUUCGUGGGCUUCGUCAUCGUCACCUUCCAGGAGCAGGGGGAGCAGGAGUACAAGAACUGUGAGCUGGACAAGAACCAGCGACAGUGCGUGGAAUACGCCCUCAAGGCCCGGCCCCUGCGGAGGUACAUCCCCAAGAACCAGCACCAGUACAAAGUGUGGUACGUGGUCAACUCCACCUACUUCGAGUACCUGAUGUUCGUCCUCAUCCUGCUCAACACCAUCUGCCUGGCCAUGCAGCACUACGGCCAGAGCUGCCUGUUCAAAAUUGCCAUGAACAUCCUCAACAUGCUCUUCACUGGCCUCUUCACCGUGGAGAUGAUCCUGAAGCUCAUUGCCUUCAAACCCAAGGGUUACUUUAGUGAUCCCUGGAAUGUUUUUGACUUCCUCAUCGUAAUUGGCAGCAUAAUUGACGUCAUUCUCAGUGAGACUAAUCACUAUUUCUGUGAUGCAUGGAAUACAUUUGAUGCCUUGAUUGUUGUGGGUAGCAUUGUUGAUAUAGCAAUCACCGAGGUAAACCCAGCUGAACAUACCCAAUGCUCUCCCUCUAUGAACGCAGAGGAAAACUCCCGCAUCUCCAUCACCUUCUUCCGCCUGUUCCGGGUCAUGCGCCUGGUGAAGCUGCUGAGCCGUGGGGAGGGCAUCCGGACGCUGCUGUGGACCUUCAUCAAGUCCUUCCAGGCCCUGCCCUAUGUGGCCCUCCUGAUCGUGAUGCUAUUCUUCAUCUACGCGGUGAUCGGGAUGCAGGUGUUUGGGAAAAUUGCCCUGAAUGAUACCACAGAGAUCAACCGGAACAACAACUUUCAGACCUUCCCCCAGGCCGUGCUGCUCCUCUUCAGGUGUGCCACUGGGGAGGCCUGGCAGGACAUCAUGCUGGCCUGCAUGCCAGGCAAGAAGUGUGCCCCGGAGUCUGAGCCCAGCAACAGCACGGAGGGUGAAACGCCCUGUGGCAGCAGCUUUGCUGUCUUCUACUUCAUCAGCUUCUAUAUGCUCUGUGCCUUCCUGAUCAUCAACCUCUUUGUAGCUGUCAUCAUGGACAACUUUGACUACCUGACAAGGGACUGGUCCAUCCUUGGUCCCCACCACCUGGAUGAGUUUAAAAGAAUCUGGGCAGAGUAUGACCCUGAAGCCAAGGGUCGUAUCAAACACCUGGAUGUGGUGACCCUCCUCCGGCGGAUUCAGCCCCCACUAGGUUUUGGGAAGCUGUGCCCUCACCGCGUGGCUUGCAAACGCCUGGUCUCCAUGAACAUGCCUCUGAACAGCGACGGGACAGUCAUGUUCAAUGCCACCCUGUUUGCCCUGGUCAGGACGGCCCUGAGGAUCAAAACAGAAGGGAACCUAGAACAAGCCAAUGAGGAGCUGCGGGCGAUCAUCAAGAAGAUCUGGAAGCGGACCAGCAUGAAGCUGCUGGACCAGGUGGUGCCCCCUGCAGGUGAUGAUGAGGUCACCGUUGGCAAGUUCUAUGCCACCUUCCUGAUCCAGGAGUACUUCCGGAAGUUCAAGAAGCGCAAAGAGCAGGGCCUUGUGGGCAAGCCCUCCCAGAGGAACGCACUGUCUCUGCAGGCUGGCUUGCGCACGCUGCAUGACAUCGGGCCUGAGAUCCGACGGGCCAUCUCUGGAGAUCUCACCGCUGAGGAAGAGCUGGACAAGGCCAUGAAGGAGGCUGUGUCCGCUGCUUCUGAAGAUGACAUCUUCAGGCGGGCCGGUGGCCUGUUCGGCAACCACGUCAGCUACUACCAAAGCGACGGCCGGAGCGCCUUCCCCCAGACCUUCACCACUCAGCGCCCGCUGCACAUCAACAAGGCGGGCAGCAGCCAGGGUGACACUGAGUCGCCGUCCCACGAGAAGCUGGUGGACUCCACCUUCACCCCCAGCAGCUACUCGUCCACCGGCUCCAACGCCAACAUCAACAACGCUAACAACACUGCCCUGGGUCGCCUCCCUCGCCCUGCCGGCUACCCCAGCACAGUCAGCACUGUGGAGGGCCAUGGGCCCCCCUUGUCCCCUGCCAUCCGGGUGCAGGAGGUGGCGUGGAAGCUCAGCUCCAGCAGGUGCCAUUCCCAGGAGAGCCAGGCAGCCAUGGCGGGUCAGGAGGAGACGUCUCAGGAUGAGACCUAUGAAGUGAAGAUGAACCAUGACACGGAGGCCUGCAGUGAGCCCAGCCUGCUCUCCACAGAGAUGCUCUCCUACCAGGAUGACGAAAAUCGGCAACUGACGCUCCCAGAGGAGGACAAGAGGGACAUCCAGCAAUCUCCGAAGAGGGGUUUCCUCCACUCUGCCUCACUAGGUCGAAGGGCCUCCUUCCACCUGGAAUGUCUGAAGCGACAGAAGGACCGAGGGGGAGACAUCUCUCAGAAGACAGUCCUGCCCUUGCAUCUGGUUCAUCAUCAGGCAUUGGCAGUGGCAGGCCUGAGCCCCCUCCUCCAGAGAAGCCAUUCCCCUGCCUCAUUCCCCAGGCCUUUUGCCACCCCACCAGCCACACCUGGCAGCCGAGGCUGGCCCCCACAGCCCGUCCCCACCCUGCGGCUGGAGGGGGUCGAGUCCAGUGAGAAACUCAACAGCAGCUUCCCAUCCAUCCACUGCGGCUCCUGGGCUGAGACCACCCCCGGUGGCGGGGGCAGCAGCGCCGCCCGGAGAGCCCGGCCCGUCUCCCUCAUGGUGCCCAGCCAGGCUGGGGCCCCAGGGAGGCAGUUCCACGGCAGUGCCAGCAGCCUGGUGGAAGCGGUCUUGAUUUCAGAAGGACUGGGGCAGUUUGCUCAAGAUCCCAAGUUCAUCGAGGUCACCACCCAGGAGCUGGCCGACGCCUGCGACAUGACCAUAGAGGAGAUGGAGAGCGCGGCCGACAACAUCCUCAGCGGGGGCGCCCCACAGAGCCCCAAUGGCGCCCUCUUACCCUUUGUGAACUGCAGGGACGCGGGGCAGGACCGAGCCGGGGGCGAAGAGGACGCGGGCUGUGCGCGCGCGCGGGGGCGGCUGAGCGAGGAGGAGCUCCAGGACAGCAGGGUGUACGUCAGCAGCCUGUAGUGGGCGCUGCCAGAUGCGGGCUUUUUUUAUUUGUUUCAAUGUUCCUAAUGGGUUCGUUUCAGAAGUGCCUCACUGUUCUCGUGACCUGGAGUUAACCGGAACAGCGUCUUCUUUCAUUUCUGUUGGGACAAGACGCGGAGCCUGGGUGCGCGCGCCGCCCUCCGGGAGGAAGGCGCCCGGCUGCGUCUGCAGAGGCGGGGAGAGGAGGCGGCGAGGGUCCCGGGGCGCGAGGAAGGCGCCUGCCCUCUCCCAGCCCGCAGGCCCCGGGCCCGGCCGCGCCUCUGCGGGGAGAGCACCCGGGCUUCCCGCGCGCCCUCACCAAAAGGACCCUACAGCAAACGGGUGUCUUUCGACUCUGCUUGUAGAAACCAUUUGCACAUAUUCUGUACGAGCCUCGCUGUCUCCCUAGAGCCAGGGCCCUGCGGAUUUGGAGAAGGGAGCGGGGCAGGACUUCCAGGAGGAACCCAGCCUGGCCCGGAGAGGGAGGAGGAGGCCGCCUGGGGCGCGGAGCUUUGGGGAUGGGCGUCGGGCCGGCAGCGGUGCCGCUCACUCCGACCGGUCCCUGCCCACCUGCGACGGGAUCCCCCGACCGGCACAGGCCACGCCGAGCUCCCGGCCAGCCGCCGGCCCGCAGGCAGCGCGAGGGAGGAGCUGCGCCGCCGGGAAGGGGCCGCCGGCUCCGCCCGACCAGGUGGUGCUGAGCUUCCGCUGAGCGCUCUUUUGUUUUGUGGUUUGACACUUUUCUUGACAGCAUGUUGCAGUUUCUUUUUGGUUUUGGUUUUUUUUAUGUUUUAUUUUGUUUUCCCAGGGGGAGGGGAGGAAGAAGAGUGUUUACAAAGUCCUGUAGCGCCCUCACCUUUCUGUUUUCACUUUUGCCAAUGUACAUCGGGUUUGGUUUUCUUGUAUUAUUUAAACGGUUGUGGUUUCCUUUUUCCACGGAGGUUCAAUAGAAGCCGCUGCAGGAGAGUUUUACCAAUCAUUGUGUAUGCCCAAUAAUUUGUUAUCAUUUCCUUAGGUAGUACCCUAUUUUUGUUCUGGUUUGGUUCGGUUAUCUAAUGGAAAGGUAACUGGCAAUGCACUUGAUGUGGUCUUGCACAUGUGGGUGAUAGAGUUGGGUUCCUUUUUAUGCUGGGUGUACAGGUGGGUUUGGGAGAGAGGAGCACGCGCGAGAGAGUCUCCGAGUGUGUGCCACGCGCGUGUGUGUGUGGUGGGUUGUCUGUGUGCAUAUGUCCUGCCUGUGUAUAUGCACCCACACCACGUGCCCGUGCACACCAGUGACUACGCAGUUCCCCCUUUCUGGUUUAGCCGUGGGAAGAUCUGAAUCUGGGGCCAUUUGAAGGCAAAAACAAACCACUGUCUCUGCUUCUGAAAUGGGAAUCAGUAACUCUUUGCAUUUUCUGUCCCACAAGAUAUGCAAAAACAAUGCAAUAAUAUUCAUUUAAAAAUACAAUUGUGAGUUGUGUUGGCAUUAAAACUGUAUUUUAAAAAAAAGACACAGAAAUUUAAGGGAAAAACACAAGAAGGCAUUUUGCUUCAAUAUAUUCCGUGUAAUGUUUUAUUGCAUUGAUAAUGUUUCUGUUGAAGAAACCGUUAUACUUGAAUUCAGGUCAGUUUCAGUAUUUUUCAAAUAUUUUUUUAAAACUGAAUUGCAAUUGUGCCAAGCGAAUAUAAUGAAUUGAAUUAA